AUGCUUGACGAAUUAAGGCAAGCCGAGGGCCAACUGCCGAGCGAUUUCGGCGACGAGGCGUCCGUCUGUCAGCUUGAAAAAUGGGCGGAGUUCUUGCUCAAGCGAAUUUCCUUCUUUCGAAUAAGGGAGUCGUGGAAAAAUAAGAGGACGUUUUCACGGCAUCAUUCGCACUAUAGCUUUAUUAAAGUUUAAUGAAUAAAACCUUCAGACGCUGUGCAAGAAGUGGAAGGUUCUAAAAAAAUGGAUCACCGUGGUUUUUUUGUGAAAAAAAGAGUUAUAUAUAGAAAAAAAGCCUUGCACUGAGCUGAAUUCCUAGAAAAAAAUAUCAUUUUCCUCAAAAACAAAAAUGGUAUACUUUUUCAAUAAAUUCCAUUUACAAUAAAUUCUCAGACAUUUUUUUGGCAAAAUAUAAUGACUUUUUGCUCGCAAAUCUAGUGUGUUAAGAGCGUUCAGCAUUGAAAAAAAAACUGACAGAAAAAGUUGCUGCAAGGAGGGGAAACAGCUUUGCAAGAAUCCGAAAAAUAGACACUAGCAGAUUUUGUUCAACAAUUAUUCGGCUCAUUAAACAAUGUUUUGUGAGAUUUUCUCGAAAAGAUGUUGAAUAAAUUUUUAAAAAAAACUAUCAUUUUUUGAAGAGUUCGGGUUGGACAAAAAUUUUAGACCAAUCUCAGGCUGCAGCUGCUUGAAAAAAAAACCAAAAACAUCAUUAGUUUGUGAAAACGGGAGUCAGGUGGGCCGAAAAUUGUUUUGAAAGGCCUCGAAAGCUCACCAAGGCCGAAAAGACGUCGACGUGGUCCAACUGGAGCUCGACGUCGCUGUGGCACCAACUAAUCUUGCCUUCAUCGUAUUAACGACUUCUCAUUUGCCGCUCUAUUUCUGGGCGUACGGCAUCUUCUUUCAGCGCCUUGCUCCUUACUGCCUUCCAUCGGAAUCCCAUUACUAUUGA